AUGGAAGAAGAGAAGGAGACAAUUAGAUGUUGCAGUGAUUGCAAAACCACCAAGACACCAAUGUGGAGAGGUGGACCAUCUGGUCCCAAGUCACUUUGCAAUGCAUGUGGGAUCAGACUCAGGAAACAGAGACGAUCCGAGUUAUUGGGUAUUCGUAUUAUUCAAAGCCACAAAGCCUACAAGAAGAUAAACCCAUCACCAUCAUCACAUGGUGCCGUGGCUUUGAAGAAACGACGGAGUCUAAAGGAGGACGAACAAGCUGCUCUAUGUCUACUCUUAUUGUCUUGUAGCUCUGUUUUCGCCUGA